AUGGACGUCAACGAAGACACAAUACCCGAGCUUCAGCCCAUCUUCACUUUUCUUAACAGUCAUGCAAACAAGCUAUACCAGGAGGGUUAUUUCUUGAAAUUAGAUGACCAGAACACCCAGGGCAAGCCCAACCCCGAUCGAACAUGGACGGAAUGCUUCGCUCAACUUGUCGGCACCGUCUUAUCCCUCUGGGAUGCGGCGGAACUGGAUGCCGCUGGCGAAGAUGGCGAGGUCCUUCCAAAAUUUAUUAACCUCACAGAUGCAUCUAUCAAGAUGAUUGAGUCACUACCCACCAAGUCGAAUGACGAGCAGCCGUUGCAGAACAUUCUGAGUAUAUCUACAGCAGGACGAAACCGCUACCUUCUCCACUUCAAUUCGCAUCACUCACUAAUACAGUGGACUGCUGGAAUCCGCCUGGCAAUGUUUGAGCAUUCAACCCUCCAAGAGGCAUAUACAGGUGCCUUGAUCGCUGGAAAAGGAAAGACGUUGAACAACAUAAACGUAAUCAUGGAGCGGGCACGGUUCAAGACGGAAGAAUGGGUGCGAGUCCGGUUCGGAGCUGGUGUCCCAUGGCGAAGGUGCUGGUGUGUCAUCACGCCGCCAGACGAGAAGGAGUAUCAGAAGCUGCAAAAGGAGAUGAGGAAGAAGUCGCCAUAUGACAGAUCCCACCCGCCAUUAUUGAAGGGAGAUAUCAAAUUCUACGACACAAAGAAGGAUGGAAAGAAGCAAAAGAAGGCAAAGCCUAUUGCAUCUAUUACGGACGCUUAUUCGUCCUACGCCAUCUACCCUCAGGCCAAGUCCCUCAUUGAUGCCUCAACUUUGAUCAAAGUCGAGGGAAACAUUACCAUUCACUCCGAACCUCCAUCCUCCACUGAAGGAUUCGUAUUCAUCAUGCCCGAGGUCCAUCCCGCUAGAGAGACUGGAGAAAACGGCUCAAAGAGCUUACUGGACAACGCAUGUCUGCCAUGGAAGAAGGUGGCAAGACAGAUCGAAGUGUUAGCCGCAGAAGCGCUCGACUAA